AUGGCUCCGCUUGUUCUCGGCCUUAAUGCUCUAAAGCUUGCGAAGCUGCAUAACUAUUCUAGGAUCAUGUUCAAGAGGAUCAUAACAAGCUGGUCGACUGAGCAGGUCUCUGGUGUCUCCUAUGUGAUAACUCUUCUUAAUUGCCUCUUCUACACUUGGUAUGAAUUUCCAUUCUUGUCGUCGGACAGCCUUUUGAUAUCGAUCAUUAGCAGCAUAGGAGUAGUGAUUGAGUUCGUGCAUGUUCCGAUCUUCAUCACAUACGCAUCGAAGAAGGAGAGCGCAAAGAUCAUGAGACUCCCUGGUCUUGCUCUGAUUCUUUUCAUAACAUUUGCCUUUGUCUCCCUCUUCAUCCUUCAUGGGAAGACCUGUAAACUCUCGCGUAGCAUCACGCUCGACAUUUCCUCCACUAUCAUGACCAAGUUCAAGAGGAUCAUAAGGAACCGGUCAACCGAGCAGUUCUCAGGCGUCCCUUACGUGGUAACUCUUCUUAGUUACAGCCUCUACACUUGGUAUGGACUACCGUUCGUGUCAUCGGACAACCUUCUGCUGUUGAUCAUUAGCGCCAUGGGAGUUGUGAUUGAACUCACGUAUGUUUUGAUCUUCAUCGCAUACGCACCAAAGAAGGAGAGGGCAAAGAUCAUGGGAUUCUCUGGUCUUGCUCUGAUUUUUUUCUUAACAUUUGCCUUUGCCUCCCUCUUCGCCCUGCACAGCAAGAACCGGAAACUCCUCUGCAGCAUCAGACUUGACAUUUUUUCCACCAUUAUGUGUGCUUCACCUCUAUCAGUCAUGAUGAUGGUGAUCAAGACGGAGAGCGUCAAGUUCAUGCCUUUUUUGUUAUCGUUGUCCACCUUAUGCGGCAUCUUUUGGCUCGCAUAUGGUCUUCUUAGCCACGAUCCCUUUCUCAUCUUUAGGAAAAUCUACGUAAUGGUGUUGCAGGUGCCUAAUGAAUUGGGGACUGGACUAGGGAUUGCCCAACUGAUCUUGUAA